UUCCGUGACGAUAGUCCGGAUCCAGGAAGAACAGCUCAUUUCAGCAAUUACAGCUUUUUUUUCAAGCUCUGCGAUUCGUGCUAGAGCUGCGUCCUGAAUGCACAACACGAAUACGCUGCUGACGAGCUGUGAACACGGCGUCAGUGGAGAACUUUCCGAUCCAGCAGGGAGAUGUUUGACAAAUACGGACCUUUGAGCUUCUUAGCUGCUACAGUCGUGACUGUGUUUCUUCUGGAUGCUGGUGCUGUUGCAGACGCUAAGAACUUUGAAGAUGUUCGCUGCAAGUGCAUCUGUCCACCAUACAGAAACAUCAGUGGGAACAUUUAUAACAGGAAUGUUACCCAGAAAGAUUGUACCUGCCUCCAUGUUGUUGAGCCGAUGCCAGUUCCUGGAUAUGAUGUAGAAGCUUACUGUCUGCUGUGUGAGUGCAAGUAUGAGGAGCGAAGUAGCAACACCAUCAAGGUAACCAUCAUCAUUUACCUGUCGGUUGUGGGUGCAUUGCUGCUCUACAUGCUGUUCCUGCUCCUUGUUGAUCCUCUCAUCCGGAAACAUGACCCCUACACUCAGCCUCUGCACAACGAGGAAGACAGUGAGGAGAUGCGUCCGCAGGCAGACAGCGGGCAGGCCAGAGGAAACACGGUGCUGGAGCGGGUUGAGGGAGCACAGCAGCGCUGGAAGAAACAGGUCCAGGAGCAGCGAAAGACCGUUUUCGAUCGCCACAAAUUGCUAAGUUAAACUGUCAGCCUGAGCUUAAAACCCGGUUUAGAGUAAAUGACCUCCUUGAGCUCAGACCAGCGGCACUAUCACAAACCAGCACAGCAUCCUCUGGAUCAGUAUUUUGACAACAAGAAACAUAUUAGCAUGAACUUCUAACAGACUUGAAUGUAAUGGGCUUUAGGCUGGAAUAUAAACUAAUCUCAUUUGUCGAAAAAUUAAAACCAUUUUUGCGCACUUUAAAAGUAAAAAUGAAUGCUUGAGUUUGAAGAUCAUCUGUUAACUUUUUAAUAACUAGUAAAUAUUGGGCAGUUUGCUUAUUGCUCUAUUUAGAAAUUUACCUCACAAGUGGUACACUGGUUUCAUUUCAGCUUGCCUGCUUAGACAGUUGCCAGGCGUUUCUUCUUCCAAGCUUAGUAAUAUGAAAUAGUUUAUGUAAAAACGUGAGCAUCUUCUUUUUGCAGUACCGUGAGUUCCUUUCUGAUCUUUUUUAACCUCAUUCUGGGUCUUUUCCCUUCUCUCUGUGAGGGAAAAUGUGUCGAAUGGACUCAAAAAAGAUGUGACUGAAAUACCAGCACUAAAAAGCUUCAAAAUCACUGGAUUGUUCUUUAAUUUAAGUAUUUUGUUUCUGCACUUGUAUGAAAUAAUAUAUUCCAAAAUUCCACUUUGAGAAUGUUUUUAUUUUAGUUUAGAAAGAGAACUGAACUUUGUCAUUUUGUGCAACAUAGGUGAUAGUUUGGAAUCUUUCCUUGAAUUCUGUAUUCUUCUACUUUUCAAAUGUUUAUUAAGAAGCUACUGCAGUUCUGUGUUUUUACAAGAACAAAAGAAAGUCUUAGGUUUAACCCAGUAAAAAGGGGAAAACAAAUGUCAACCUGCUGAGCACAAUUUGAAGAACUAAUGUGAAAUUCCAGACUUUACGGACAUUUGGAGGGCUGUGUAGAUGUACAAUUAAGCUGUUUUGAUUAUUUAAAAGUGACUCAGUGCUGCUCCAAUCUCCAUUCUUCUUUUAGCUAAAAAUGAGAAAUUUAUCAACUUAAUUGCCAUGUUUAGCUCAGUGCCAAAUAAAGAAAAACAUAUUGUUUAAUUCUA